AUUAUUUUUCAUUAUAUAUAAAAAAAUAAUAUAUAAGUAUAUGUUUUAUUUAUUUUAUUUUGUUAUAUAUAUUUCAGAUAAUCAUUAUUGUUAUUAAUGCAUUCUGUUUUUCCUAGCAAAGUUUUGUACAAGUGGUUCAUUCGCCCCUAAUCGAAUACACGUGUAUUUCACAUGUGUAUUCAUAUAACGGGAAGGAAUAGGGUGGGAGUUAAAGGCAACACAUUGAAAAAGAGGGAAUUCUGAAGAAAACUAAGGAAGACACGACAGCUCAGUCACUUAUAAAAUGAGCCACUGAUAUAGUCGGACGUCUUUUUUGAGUUAAGUGUAGUUGUAUAACGAUUAACUAGUAGCGAUAUAGUGCAUUAUGACUGCACGAAAGAGAGAAGAAUCAUCAAAACAACGUUAUCAAGCUAAUGCACGUGAGAGGGAUCGUACUCAUAGGAGAAUAUUCAAUAAUGCAAAAUUCACAAAUACUCUUAAAAAGGGUAAGGAAUUCAAACGUGAAAUUCAAGAAAUCCAAUCUUCGCUGUGCAGUGUGAAUACGGCUUUCAGUGCCUUGAGAACUUUAAUACCAACGGAACCUAUGGAUAGAAAAUUAUCGAAAAUAGAAACAUUGAGAUUAGCAAGCAGUUACAUCAGUCAUUUGGGUGCUAUUCUUGUUGCCGGCCCUAUAGAUCAACCCUGCUUACGUGUUGAGGGUACUAAUAGUGUUUAUGAAACAAAUCAUUGGGCUGAUUCACAAACAAGACGGCAAGUUUGCACCUUUUGUCUUGCCAUGCACAGAAAAUAUAAUUUAAAUUUUUCAUCAGAUGUAAUUUCAAAUUAUUAAUGGAAAUAUUUUAUUAUUUCUAUGAAUUUAUCAUCUGUAGAUUAAAUAAUGUAUAAAAAUUAAAAUUUAUUAAAAUUUUUUAAAUAAUUUACUCUAUAUUUUCUGUAUAUAUAUAAAUAUUUUAUAAUUUAAUAAAAUUUUUACAUAAUACAACAAA